AUUUCUUUAUCGCUUCAAACGGCGUCCGUUUAUAUAUAGCCGAUUCGAUAUUGUUUUUUACAGUUCGUUCCACGAAGAAUCAAAAGUAUCUGCAACUGCACACCAGUCGCCGAUUAUUAAAUUUUCUUUUUCUUUUACAAAAAUCAACAUAAACCAUGAAAUAUUCGGUAAGUAAUAAUAUUUAAAUUGUACAUUCGUACUGCGCCCGACCCUUUUUUAAUAUUUAUUUAUUUGAAAUAAAAAUGUUAAUGAAAACGAGUGAAUAUUAUUUUAAUUUAGUAAUUUAUUUGAGUAUUUUUUUUUUUUUUUUUAAUAAGCCGACAUAACAAAACAAAUUGGAAAUCGUUUUACCGCGACUUUAUCGUUUUAAAUAGGUACCGUCAAAUCGCAGUCAGAUUGCAAUGCAAAUAAUAAAUGUCUGCGUGAGUUAUGUGUUGUGAAAAAUCUAAACUUUAAACUUUUUCGAAUCAAAAGUUUAUAUUAAUCAUAUAUACUAUAACUUAAUUCUAAUAAAAAUAAUUUAAAAAAUUAAACUCGUAAAUUAUUGAUGAUAAACAAACCACGAAAAUAAAUCUUGGAAGAAGAGCAAGCAUAAGUACCUUGAAGUACCAUGAAGUACCUUCAUUUUUGGUGUUUAUUUUAAUUUUGUUUUAUAUAAUAUAUAUAUAUACAGGUGUCCUACAGUGUUUUCAACCGACUAUAUAAUAACUCUGUCAAUAUUCUUUUUUUUUUGUCAAUCAGGUUUUGUAAGAGGGGAACAUAAAGACAAACAAAAUUUUUAUUUUCAUUCCUUAAUCACUGAAAAAAAACAACUCAUUUUUUUUAUUGUAUCACUUUUUAAAAUUUCCAAAAUAGCAGUUAUGUGAAAGAUAUUAUUCUAAAAAAAUUAAUGUAAUAUACAUUCGUAUACGAUCAAUAGUUUCUUAGUUAUAUGGACAUGAAUGUAAACAAAAUAGACAUGCACAAUUAAUAUUCUACAGAAGAUAAAGAAUUACCGUGUUGAUUGUGAUUCCUUAUCGCGUAACGUGUUAUUCUAUUGAAAAUAAAUUGUUUUCAUAUCGAUUUUCUAGAAAUUAAAAAUUAAAAAUGGAUAUCAUUAAAAAACUGUUGACUGAAUAUUUAAGUUAACAUUUUUAAAAUAAUAUAUUUUACAAACUGGGGUUUUUUUUUAUUGAAAAUGUUUAAAAGUAAACAAACAAAAAUGUAUUUUUCGUCAGUGUUAAGGGAUGAAAAUAAAAAUUAUAUUUUUCUGUACAUAUGUGUCCCCCUCUCAUAAGACCCGAUUAAAACAAAACAUUGAAUAUUGAUGGUGUUGGCCAACGGAUAACACUGCUGUAUACACAUAUAUAUUAUAAGUAUAACAAAUAAAUAAUUAAUUAACUUAGUUAAUUUAGUUAAUAAUUAAUAAUUAGUUAAUUUAUUAUUUUGAUUUAAAACAUCACAUAGACGAACACUUCUUAACUUGGGACAUUUUUUUCUUAUCGAAUUAACCAUUUGACCGUGUUCUGUUUGCCAAUAACAACAAAAAAUGCCGUUUUAAAAUUUGCCGCUGUAGGCACGUGCCUGUAUAUUAAAAUUGCGUCUCUGAUCAAAUACACAAUUCUUGUCACACUCGCUUUUUGAAAUAUUACCUUACUAUAAAAUAUUAACAAAAUAAUAAUUCUAAAGUCAUCGCACUUCACUUAAAUACGAUAUUAUUAUUAAAAAAAUAUAAUAAUUUGUCUACUUUUUUUUUUAUCGCGACGUUGUAGAUGUUUUUGCUUUUCGUUACCAUGAUCGUGGUACAACAAUGCAUGAUGGCCGUCAAUUCGUUCCCGCACCACGAAGGUGAAGGCGAACACAGUGUUGAAGAAAACCAUCAUCAUCAUCACGACGAUCAACACGGUGGCCAUACCAGCCACGAGAACCAUCCGGGCCACAGCCAAGAAUCACACUCGGGUCACAACCAUACGCACCACGACGAUCACUCGGGUCACAACCAUACGCACCACGACGAUCACUCGGGUCACUACCAUCCGGCUAGCAACCAUUCCAAUAUAUAACGCUCUUAUUAUAUUUACCUAUACGUCGAUUUUCCCAUCACUUCUGUGGACUUUAAACCUGAUUAAAAUAAAUAAUACACUAUAUUAUAUUAAAAUGUAUUUAUUGAUACAUUUUAUUUCCGCUUAGCUAAUUAGCAAUAACGUUUGAAUAAUUAUUUUUUUAUAUGUAUAUUUUUUUAAAUUAUUUAAUUGAAAAUAAAACAAUUAUUGUAUUAUAAUUCCGUUGAAUUUGUUGAAUUCGAUCUCCCUAAAUGUAUAGUUGUAAGCAAAGGUAAAAAAUUGUUAACGAAAAACGAUACUGAGCACAGUAUUAUUAGUCGUACUUCCCGUUCUUGCCAAGGUAACCCAACUGAGAUAAUACAAACUAUUUAAAAAAAACAUCUUCUCAAUGCACCUACUAAUUUGAAAAUGUUACAAGAAAGUUCCUAUAAAGUGUUGGGGCAAGAUACAGAAAAUCAAAAACGAAAACUCAUCACACAUCAAUUAAUAGCAUACUAAAAUAAACACAUACCUAGCUUCGCUCAGAAUUUAAAACGUAGUUUUAAAUUAUAUUAUUACGAGUAAGUCCUACAAAAUAUUAUUUACACAGUGUAAGAUUGGACAAUAUUUUUGACAGGUCGAGAUAUAAUAGCGCUAAUAUUGCUUAUCCAUCGUUAAUCACGUACUGACGAACCUAUAGAUAUUAAUACUAUACAGAGAUAAACCCGCCGUUAAACGAGACUAUAAUAUUAGAUAAGUAAUGUAAUAUUAUGUUUGUAUUUGAAACUAAGUGUAUGAGAAAUAUUUUAAAACGUAAUCUGAUAUUAAAACGAAUGUGUGUUUGAUAUCAAUAACUGUACAUAAUUUUUCCGUCGGCUUUUUAUCAUAAUUUUUUUUUUAAUAAACUGUAUGGAAUUUGUUAAAAAAAAAAUUAAACGCGUAGACGAAUAUAAGUAUUAUGUUUAGGUAAUCAGUAUUCGUAUAUAAUAUAGGUACGUCUGCUGCAAUGUUGAAGAAUGAAUAUUUUCAAUUGUCAAGUACAUUUUUUAGAUUUUGAAUUUUAGAGUUUUUUUAAUUUCUUCUGUCUGUUAACAACUUUACUACCAGAAAUCUUAUUCCGAUCAUUGAAACUAUUAAAAGUUGUUUUUGGUAGCAAAUUUUGUUCAAUUUAAUACAUUGUGAAUGUGCUUCCUUGUAGUUGAAAUAAACCGGGAAAAACGUAGGAAACGGGAAUAUUUAUAGCACAAUCUUUUGUUAUUUUCAAUUUUAUUUUUUUUGAAAUUUGGUUAAAAAUUAUCGCAAACUUGAAAUUUUCAAAUAAAAUUUAAGCUAUUUACAGACAUUUAACAUUUUAGAGCUUUUUAGUUUUUAUUUAAGUUUAUGUGACUCCAUUCUUUUAGCUUAAAUGACCCAAAACGUUUGAAAAUUUAAAACGAGGUUGAUCAUAAGUUGUGUUCGAUGAUAAGAAAAAAAUAUUAAGCAUUGUAGUUGUAGUAAUAUGUAUUAAAUAUUAAUGUUAAUGUUAAAUGUUAAAUGUUGUGGUUCUUUUUAAUUAGCUUUUUUAUAUUCAAAAUUUUAAUGAUUUAAUUGUGUUCAAUUCUGUAUGUUUUUUGUUUUAUUUUAUUUUAUUUUGAAGUCUGAAUAAUAAUAUUAGUUUAACUAAUGAAAUGUGGUUUUAUUCUAGAUAAAUACUUUUUCGGUUAGUAACAUGUUCCGAAUUGUUUACAUCGUAUACUUCAAAAGAUACGAGUAAUUAUGUUGUUAGUAAUUACAGUGUUUCUGUGUUACUUUGGCUUUUUUUAUAUAAGUGAAAACCACAACUAAUUCCAAAUAAUCUUACCGAGAUUAUCGAGUUACACUAAGAAUCGUUUUUUAAUUGCACGGUUUAUUGUUACUUUUAUAGUAUUAUACAAUAUAUUUUCCCUACAAGUUUUUGUCCUAUUACAACAUAAUGGGCUACCCGUGGUGCGAUUAGUAUGUCCGUCUUUUUUAACAAUAUAAUGAAGACUAAUCGGAUUUAAAUACAAAACGCAUUAUUAUUAUUUUUUUAAUUCUUGGGUAAAAUUUUGAAGAGGGAUUCAAUUUUCAAACUAUACUAUCUGCUAUUAAGUACAAUAAAAUUAUGUAUCUCAUCUCGAAUUGUUACUAUUGGGCAAGCUCAUAUGCAGGGGGGGCUUAAAGGUUCAACUCCCCCCUCCCCUUGAAAAUUGAUCCUAAAUACGCGCUUGCUAUUGGUUAGUUAUAAGCAACAAUGCUUUUUUUAUAAAGAGGUCUGUGUCCAAAUGAACACACAUUAAAGCCCAUUGAAUACAAAUUUGGUUACUGCACACAAGAAACAAAUGGUAAAUUAUUGAAUUUGUAGAUUUUGUUAAAAAAUAUUUUAUUUUAUAUAGGAAUUAACACUCUGACUGUUAGGGACAGGAGUUAUUGAGAAAAGUCCAAAAGAGAACGUUUGGUCUGUCCGUUCGUGGAGCUUUUUUAAAAGGGUAGGAGAGUGAAUACGCGGCAGAUAUUCAUUGAAAACCGCAUUAUUAAGCGAUAUAAAUUGUAAUACAUUAUUAUGAAACGGUACAUACGAACAACCGCUCAUUAAAUUUGAAAAAUAAUAAUACGUAUACCUAUUUACUAUGUGUCGGCUAUUAUUUUUUACCCAUCGUCGAUAAAAAUAAUGCAAUUACCGAUAGAUACAUUUAUUAUUUUAAUUAAUUAAAUAUUUUCGAUUGCAGCUAUCUUUGUGCAUAAAUGUUUUACAUUCGGCUUCUAUAAUAAUGUAAUCAAUUUUAUUAAUUUAUGAUAUUAUGUUCUCAAAUGCUUAAUUAGAUAAAAAAUUAGAACAAUAUUUAACAGACCGUGCUGGUUUAAGCGUCAUUAAUUAUUAGUAAUGAUCAAUGAAUCUAUUAUUUAUAAUAAAGUCUUUUGUUAUCUAGUGUUGGUGAAAGAUUACAAUAAAAGGGUACUAAGUACAUAUACAUUUAUUUCUUUAUCUCAAAUUAUCAAUUAAUAUAGUCUGAAUAAAAAUAUUAUUGCACGAUAUAACAAUUAUAGGUGUAAUAGGUUUUUUUUAUUAUUUAUAAACUGAGAGUAGCUUGAUUGCACUAUCGUUUUCAAAAACACACGCGGGUAUUGUAUUAAUAAAGUGUAAUAUGGUUGUUUAAUAAUUGAGGGGUUGGGUGCAAGAAAGUCAUUUUCACUUUAAUUUUUUAAAUUAAAGGCACUUUCAUUUUAAUUAUUUAAACUAAAAUAGAAUAGAUAAUUACUGUUUAAUGCAAGAAGGGCAUUUUCAUGUCCAAAUAUCUCAUUUAUUUAAAACUUAGUGGACAUAAAGAAAAAUAAUUAUUUUCUUAAGGAUUCGAUUUUUCAUGUGAGACAAAUUUUAUAACCAUGUGAGCAGAUCUAAAAGAGUACCACACAUUUGAAACUUAAACUUCGUUUACCUCAAAAUACGUAUUUCUAGAAAAUACCCUUUUUGCACCCAGCCUCUCAAUUAUAAUUUCAAUUUUGUUUUCGUGAAAAAAAAUAUCGAUUUUUUCACACAGAAUUUAGUAUACAAGUUACAUGUUUGAAUAUCUCCUAAAAUAAUUUAUUUAGUCAACAUAAAAUGCAUAAAUGGUUGUUAGUCAGUAGAUUGCUCUCAGCCAUGACAAAUCUUUUGAUUUUUUUCUUGAAAUAACACUCGAAUAUUUUAUAGUGUUUACACGUAGUUUCCUAGGAAAUCAUCAGACCGAUAAUAUUCGGGUUGAUAUAUACAUUAUUAUAAAGUCGUAUACGCACCGUAUAAUAAUAUUUUUAAUAGUAUCCAAAUCAUAUGUUUUGUUUUCCAUUUCUAAAACUGAAUUGAAUUAUUAAGUAGUAAAAAAUAAUUAUAUUUUUUAAAAUAAAUUAUUAUAGGUUUAUUAUUAUUAUUAUUUCUUUCUGGUUAUUAUAAACAUUAAUAUUAUCAAUUAUUUUUUCGUGACCACAGAUAUUAUAUAAACAAAACUAGACUUACGACUCUAUAUGAGAGUAAAUAGGGACCUAUUUAUACUUGCAAGAGGACAAAUUGAUUAACCAGUGAAAUAUUUAUUAACGACGCGAAUUAUGUGUUACGUGCGAUAAUAUGAACGAAUAUUUGAAAUUGUUUACUUAUAUGGGUAUCAUAAUCUAGUAUUUUAGUAUAAAGAGUGUAUUGGAUUUUUUUUUUUUAACGAUUCAAGAAAUAAGUAUCUCUAAAAUAUUGCAUUGCCAUUUUUUAUUUUACCCUUAUUUUUGGGUGUCAAACGAAAAUCUACUAUCGAUUCCCUAAUGGCAAGCUAUAUCAAAAAUUCCAUAAGUAGACAGUUUUUUUAGGCAUAAUAGCGGCAGUUUUGCUUGUUCACAAAACCGUUGAGGUGAACCUGUGCUGAAUCACUAAUAUCAACAGCAUAUCGUUAUUCGCCUCGAAUAAAGAGAGUAUCUCCAGUGUCUCCAGUGAAAAAUCAUUUAAUAUUCAAAUUCAUUGUUUUUUGAAAAUACAUCGUACGCGUAGAAAAAAACACGUCUAUUUUGACGCUGUUAUAUCCAUGACCAACUAUGUAAUCUGUAUGUAUAUUAUAUUUAACUAUAAUCAUAAAUAGAACCUUACAUUUAUAGGGGAGGGAGUUUGAACGUCCAAACGUCCCAAUUUGUAUUUCACGGUUUGGGUUCGAUUCACGGUGUUUGUAUAGCGCUGCACGAGGUAUAUUCGUUAAUCUGGUUUAUUCUCAAUUUACUACAUCAAAACACCGCGGGAAUAAUCAAUGCACCUCGAGAAUUGCACAAUUUCACCAAUAUAUCGUAAAAAAAAAAAAUAUGUAUACAUAUAUUUAGCGAUUGCAUUAUCGUAUACGGAAUAAUAAUCAUUUUGUAGAAACUAGUCCCCCCCCCGCCGAUUCGGCGUGAAUGAUUUUCGAGGAGGGCAUACCUUCGUCGGAUGCCCGAGGCGACUUCGGACGGUCCGAAAUGAAUAAACAAAAAAAAAAAAUAAUAAUAAUAUACUCGCUACCGGAUACAAUUACUAUAGGACUUCUAUAAUAAGUAAUAACAACAGCAUAAACACCUUCGGGCCAAAAAUUAUUAUUCGAUAUCCCGUCGGAGUUUACAAUACAGUUUAUAUUAUGCGAAUAUUAAUAAAUAAUUAUUUUGUACCCAUCUAUUUACUCGAAGUGCAAAUCGAAAAAUAUAAUAAUAUUUGUCAGCUAAACGAAAUACUACAACGGUUAUUAGUCGUUAAUUCAAUAUGUAAUUAUUAAUUAAUAAUAAUGCAUUAAUAUAAUUAUAUAGGUAUUAUAUUCGAUUCUGAGCGGAGCGAGGAACAUGGUGAUUUAACUAUGACGUGUGCUUUCUUUAGAAUAUUUUUUAAUCAUUUUUUCUGUUUUUUAACAACUGUUUUACUGGAAAUGUUACUCUGAUUUAAACAAAUAAAAGAAGAUUUAUUUCUUUGUAGAAUUUUGAAUAUAAUUGGCGCACUGAGGAAGACAUUAUUUGAUUUCCUGGGUUGUUGUCAUUAUACAAUUGGAAAAUACCCGGAAAAAAACAAUGAUGAUUUCCAUGCGAUUUUACGGUCUUAAACUGAAUUAAUACCAAUACUUACUGUAUACCUACAGAUUUUAGACCGCUUUAGGCUUCUGCUCUAGGCACCUUAUAUAUUAUAGUUUAUAGAUCUUCUGCACUAUAUGUAGAUUUGGACAAUUUUCGGUCUCCUUAAGUUCUUCAUAAUAAAAUAUAAUUAGGAAAAAUCAAAAAACGAAAUAUACGAUUUUUUCAAAAUACGCCACAACGAUUUCAUUAUUUAAAAUUGUUAAGAUUUCUGUUUUCUACCAGAAAUAUUGCUCCAAUAGAAAAACAACAGGAAAUCCUUUUUGUUGAAUAUUUAAUCUAGUUGAUGAUCAAACUAGGCCUUUUUUGUAAUUUUCCGGGUAGUUUUUGUAAUAAUUGAAUAAAACCAAAAAAUACAUAAAACGUAAAAACAAAGAUAACAUUUACAAAAAUAAUUCUUUUAUUAUUUUAAAUUUUGUUUUUUUUUAUGCGAUUCAGUUGAAAAAAUUUGUAGACUUGAAAUUGUAACAGAAAACUUAUAUUUGCUUCAAAUAUAUAUCUUAUAUCUUCAAAUUUUUCAAAAAUAAUAAAAUAAAAAGUUAUUUUCUCUAAGUUUUUUUAUCAAAACAUAAAAAAUGAAUUGAAAUAUAAAUAUUUGUAGUCCUUAUCUCUACGAGUAAUAUAAAAAAAAAAACAUAAUCUAAUUAUCUUUAUUAUCUUAGGAGAUAUUUAAAUGAGCAUAUCUUCGUGGAAAACUCUAUGGGUUAUACAUAAUUACUAUUUCUGUAACACUAUAAUACUCCUUAUAAUAUUCCUAUAUUACUUAUAAAUUAUAUCAACCGUAAAAAUAUUGACACGUACGAAUAGAUUCGGAUGGUUGUAUUUUGAAUGCCGCGGCGCCGGCCGAAUAUCCCCACAAAAAAAAAAAAAAAUUAAAAACCACAAGAUAAGUGUGUAUACAAACCCAUCGGAUCGUGACAAUAUUUUUUUGGAAACCUGUAAUUUAAAUUAGUUUUAACCGUGGGGUCCCUGCACACAUACAAUAUAUAUUACUAACACAUACACAAUACAAUAUUAUAUUAUAGGUACUACGCCUAUAUUAUACGUAUCUGUGUCGUCAUUUUCGUUAUUAAUUCGUUGUCACGUCGAUUUUCACACGAGUAAACUCCACCAUAAUAAAUAAAAUAUGUUUUUUACAUAAUUAUACAGCAUACAGGUACUGGGUGUAUAGUAUUGAAGGGUUUACGCGAACCACGCCGUUUCGCAGCGAUUAAUUGAACUACCUUAUAGUAGUCUAACUUAACCUACACCGACAUAUACGAUAUACUUACAUAUUCCUACCAGAUCCAUGUUUACUAAAUUGUACGUAUAACACGAAAAAAAUGUACCUAUAAAUGUAAUAAAAUCCCACGGUUAUAAAUUAUAUUUACAUAUACCUGCGGGUAGCUUACCAAGACGUUUAAUGUUUCAGUUAUGUCGUUUAGGUAUAGUACCAUUGAUUAUAAAUAAUAUAGUAUUUAUAAGUAAUACCUACGAUCUUUAUAGUAAUAUAGUAUGUAUGCCGGUAACGGAUCGUGUUUAGAUGCUUAGGUGCAACCAUUGCCAUUUCCCACAAAUAAAACUAAAUUUUUAUUAUUUUUUUUUUUUUGUAUCUAAUCGUUAUAAUAAAUUGUUCAAUAAGAAUUUCUGGGUGCUGUUUAAAAAAAAAAACAAUUUAAAAAUAUUUUUAUCCUUCGGCGUACAUAGAAUCAAUGAUGUUCUUAGCAAUUUUUAUCAAGGAGGAUACACAAAUUAAUUGUAUGCCCCCACAAUAACAAUAUAAUAAGUACACAUUGAAUUUUAAUACACAUUACAUAUUCCAAUAUCUUCAUCUACGUUUUUUUACGUUUGUGCCAUGGUAUCAAGGACUUUAUCAGGAUGAACAUCUAUUUUUUUAUGAAGUGCUAUAUAGUAAUGUUAAUUCAUUGAGAUAAUUUUAUGCAUUUCAUAAUAUUAAGAAAAAUAAUGCACAUAAUAUCUAUAAUUUUAUUCUCUAAAAUAAGCAUAAUUAAGUGUUUUUUAUUUUUCAAUUAACCAGUUUCAAUUAGUUCUUUUUUUUUAAAUAUAAGUUGUUACUGGAUAUCAAAUAUCAGUUCGCCUAACAUUCGGAAAAAAAAUGAUAACAAUUAAUAAUGAUUAGUGACGAUUUGUGAAAUAACAAUAUAAAAAAGACGGAUAUACUUCGCACGUGGGUGCAGUCACUGUUGUAGGUGGAAAGUAGGGAAGGUAGGAUACUAUAGAUAGGAGUUUAACGUAUAUCUGUAUGCAACGAUAAAUUAUUGGUAACGAAAAAACGCUUAUGAGCGGAGUUCAGUUGAUAAUGGUGCUUUGACAACAAUAUAUUUGUCAUAUGAUGGUAAACUAAUGAAAUAGGCAUUAUAGAUGUUUUUUUAGUAAUAUUUGUUUAAUAUUGUACCGAUUUUCCCGGUUUUCCUACGGUUUUACUCAGUUUAUUCAGAAACUAAAAUACUUCAAUGCCCGUUAUUUGUCGUUGGUGGAAAAAAAAAAAAAAAUCCAUGGGAUAUCUAUCCCCCCCGUGUCCCUCCUCCGCCCCCGUGAAUGCCUAAAACUAUGUCACGGACGUAUUAUUGCGCCUCACGUAAAACAGUUAUGCAAUAUGCACAAACCGAUCGGUGCGCAAAACUGUGGCAGCACCGUACGCCAGUACGAACUACGUAUGGUUGACGAGUGGAUGGAUCGUGAAGUACGAUGCGACUCGGAACCGAGUUUUAAAAUAAACGUUAUCUGCGAGGUUUUUCCAUUUUUAUGCUGGUUUCUGUAUCCAAUGGUCAUUAUAAUUACGUAAUAAAAUUGUAGAUGUAUAUUAUAUACUACACCGGCUAUUUAAAAUUCUUUCCUCAUAGAAUUAACAUGUAUUUUUUUUUCUUUAAAAAUAAAUUCGGCUGAAAAUCGUUUGAAAAGGAAAUCCUCCCGUUGUAUAAACGGGGAAAACAUUAAAAUUAAAACACAACAUAACAAAAAUCGCGGCAAUACACUCGUCGUUUUAUCAAUGGCCAUUAUUCCAAAUAUAAAUACACUGACGCGUGCAUAUUAUAAGAUAAUAAGUAUAAUAACCAUUCUGUAUUCGAAACGAAACCCGGUUACUUGAUAUUUACCACUCUGUGUGCAAGUGACAUAACAUUGAAUAUAAUCUUACGGAUAAAAUCUCUAAACUUUGGUGACGGUGUCUUAGUGUGGAUUACCGCUGUUUUUAUUUGAUCGAUGAAAUUAGGCUCGAUUCCGCCUAUCACAAAAGGUACACAUUUUUAGAGAGAUUUUACAUUAAUUUUUUAAAUGUAUUUUUCCUCCUUGACCUACCCAACGUGUUUUUUCAUUUUCCGUUCUGCUUUAUAUAAGCCCGCAAUCGGAGUAAUUGCGAAUAAUUGAUAAUGCACGUAUUAUCGAUACAUGCAUAUCGGGUGUAGCCUAUAACGAACGAACGAUUUUAUUUUGUGCAAUGCGGAAUGUUUAUAUGCAGCCCGUAUAAAUAGUGGCAUAUCCAGGGGGACUAAGAGGGCUUCAGGACGCCUU